AUGAGAGCAAAUAUCUUCACAGAGCAAGAUAUACUCGAAUGUGAUCACAUAUAUCUCUUGCUCUCUGACGAUAUUCACACAGAUUCACAGGUUCAUCUAGAUUUCAAUGCCGCUUUGCCUUCACAAAGUUUAAGCCAGUUUAUCGCCGUUCAUCGAGAGGCGAACGCACUGAGACGAGAAAACAUAAGACCCCUUCAUGCAGCUGCUAUGAAAACGCGGGUCUUGGGGAAUGACUGCGUUUGCCCCGAGCAUGGCGACCUGAUGUGCGGUUCAAGGUGCCCUUUGCGCGGCCAUAGGUCAGAGGUCAGAGUAGAUGGGGCUUUUGUGGAGACACAGUCUCCGCUGCAGAGAUUGCUAGAUCAGCUGCGAAUGCUGCAAAAGCUGCUCUACUACGUGCUGGUGGCGUCCUACGAGGUGCAGUGGGACUUCGUGCUGGCGCUGCGGGAGGAGGCCGGCGACCACCUGGCCGAGUACGCCAUCGUCACCAUCGACGACGACAAGUACAACGGCGGGAGCGAGACCCAGGUCGUGCGAGGUAAGGCUUCUGCUCGAUGCGGGUCAUUCACGCUUAUGGACGCGUGUGCAACCAGAUGCAUGCGCGCACACUUACCCUUACUUUUAAAACCUUCGCCAGUGCUGGCUCGCUUCGAACCUCUGAGAAGCCCAACCAGACCCGCCACUCAUACCCAUGCCCCUCCCCCAGCAGUGCCCGGGAAAGACAAGGAGAUGCUGAACAUGUCUAAGGAAACAGCUGAUCGCCUCUACCACGGCUUCAGGGCUGUGGUCAAAAUCACGCCCGCGUUCCCCACAAACAAAAAAUACAGAGAGUUCGAGAAAAAGGUGUUGAAUCGCAUCAAGCAAUACCCUUUUUGUGUUCCUUAUAAUCCUGGGAUUUUCCCUUUUAUUGAGGUGCCGAUCUCCGCAGCACACCUGUACGAUGCUGUAAUGAUGUAUGCUAAAGUAUUGCACGAGACGCUAGCCAACCCCUACGCUGACCCUGCCAACGGUACACACAUUCUCUCGCUAAUUAAGAACAGAUCCUUUCCCUCCAUUCAGGGCUUUAAGCUCCACAUGGACGAGAACGCUGAUGCUGAAGGUUCCUAUUCCCUGCUGGCCAUCCGUCAGCUGAGUUCAGACCACACACCCCCUAUGGGCUGGCACAAGGUCGGCCACUUCCACUUCCACGACCACAGAACCGGCUCCCACGACAUGGACAAUCUGCCGACGCUGGUGAUGAACGACACCAUCCUGUGGCUGGGCGCCGGGCCGCCGCUGGACGCCCCCAAGUGCGGCUUCGCCUCCGAGAAGUGCGGGACAGACUGGUCCAGCCUCCUCGGCGGCGGCGUGGUGCUCAUGCUGGUGAUGGUGGCGGCGCUGUUCCUCUGCAGGCACUACCGGUACGAGCAGCGUCUGGCAUGUCUCCUGUGGAAGAUUGACAUGCGUGAGGUGACCAUCCUCAACGACCCGGCCAAGGUCCCGUCCCACGCGCCCGUGAACAACAAUACGAACUUGCUGUGGGGCGGAGUGGACGGGCAGCUGGAGGUCCCCCGGGUGUCCUACUGCAAGAUGGGCGUGUACAAGAACAACAUCGUCGCCGUGAAGCCAGUUAAGAAGCGGAAUGUUGAUCUUACGAGGAGCAUCCGGAAGGAGCUACAACAGAUGCGGGAAGUCCGACACGAGAACCUCCUUCCCUUUAUCGGCGCUUCGGUCGACACAGGAGCCGUCUGCGUCCUCACCGCCUACUGCACCAGAGGAUCUCUCGAGGACGUCCUUGCCAAUGAUGACUUCCUUCUGGAUAAUAUGUUUGUGGCUUCCCUGGUCGCCGAUCUUAUCAAGGGCAUGAUGUUCCUGCACGACAGCGAAAUCGUGUCUCACGGAAACCUCCGAUCGAGCAACUGCCUCAUCGACUCCCGCUGGGUGCUGAUGGUGGCCGACUUCGGGCUCCAUGAGUUCAAGGCGUCGCCUGAGGUUGUGAUCGAACCCCGCAAGAGGUUGUGGACGGCGCCCGAGCUGCUGCGGAGGGGGGCGUCGCUCCCCCGGGGCACGCAGAAGGGGGACGCCUUCUCCUUCGGCAUCAUCCUCUACGAAGUCAUGGGGAGGAAGGGCCCGUGGGGGGACUACAUGGAUAAGUUCACCGUGCAAGGAAGCAAGGGAGAGGAAGAAGAAAGGCAAAGAACAACACAGGCAUUAGAAGGGCAGGAAGAACAGGCAAAUGGAAAGUCAGGUCGGGUCAGGUCAGCUCAAAGGGUCAAGUUAUGUGCGAAAAGACCUAUCUCACACCCCCUACAACCCUACAACAUCCCCCACGUCUCUACAACCUCCCUUCCCAACCACAGGUCCGUCGCGGAGUCCCUGAAGAGAGGCGAGAAAGUCCACCCGGAGAGCUAUGACAAUGUCACCAUUUACUUCAGCGACAUCGUUGGCUUCACGUCGCUGUCAGCCACGUCGACGCCGCUGCAGAUGGUUGACAUGCUGAACGACCUGUACACUUGCUUCGACGCCAUAAUAGGUGACUACGACGUGUACAAGGUGGAGACCAUAGGCGACGCGUACAUGGUGGUGUCCGGUCUCCCCAUCUGCAACGGCGACAGGCACGCCGGGGAGAUCGCGUCCAUGGCGCUCAAGCUCCUCGACGCCGCCAGGACCUUCACCAUCAGGCACCGCCCUUCGGAUACGCUCAAGCUGAGGAUCGGGAUUCAUUCGGGACCCUGUGUGGCUGGCGUCGUCGGCCUCACGAUGCCGAGAUACUGCCUCUUCGGCGACACGGUGAACACGGCCUCGAGGAUGGAGUCCACGGGGGAGCAGCUGAGGAUCCACAUUUCCAACGCGAAUAAACUGAUGCUGGAUAAGAUUGGCGGAUAUCUGGUCGAGAAGCGGGGGCUCACCUACGUCAAGGGCAAGGGCCAGAUGAUGACGUGGUGGCUGGUGGGGGUCCAGCGGCCGGACGAGAGGGACCCCGACGCCCUCGGAGACAGCCAGGCCACACCGACACGCACGCCCGUCGACGAGUCCCAUCCGAGUACCGCCCACACGCCCACCUCCAGCGCCCAGCCCUCGUCUCUUGCUCAAAGUGCUGCCGUCUCGUCCGCGUCUCCCUCCGGCCAUUGUCUCGUGGGCUACGGCAUCCCCCCGCCUGCCGCCGCCCCCUCGCCCUCGCGCCACGACACUCUCGCUUCUCCCGGCGCCACUCGCGGCCUGGCAAGCGGCUCGCCCGGCUUCGCUCACGCCGGACUCACGAACUCAUCCUCCUUCACUCACGACGUCGAGGUGACUCACAACCCAACCCUAAAUCAGAGACCCGAACUCACAAACUCACCCUCUUUUACUCGCGACAUCGAAGUGGGUCACAAUCCAGCCAUCACUCAGAAGACCGAAGCCAGAAACUCACCCUCCUUCACUCACGACGUCGAGGUGACUCACACCCCAGCGCUCGUCCACUGCUCCCCGCGCCCUCGCACGCCCUCGCACGCCACGCAGGGCUCCCCCGUGGGGCCUCCCCCGGCGCCGAGGCCCAGGGACACGGAGAGGGACCCGGCGCUCGCUCCCGACGCCCUCGCCGGCGGGGGCGGGAGCAGAGCGGCUUCGGGGAUCUCAACAGCUGAUCACAGACUCCCCUUGUUCAACAGCGCCGGCGAUAUCUCCUCUGUUCAAAAUUCCCUCGACGUGAAGCCUGUUCAAACACCUCCUUGUAAAGCAGCCCUGGAGCGGGAGGCCAGGCAGGAGGCGGCGCAGGCCGAGUCCCGCCGCGCGGAGGAUCCCGAGCUGGCGACGGCGUCCCCGCGGCCCCAGCGCGCGCCCGUGAGUUCCCUUCGCCCCCUGACUGUCGAUUCAGCCGUUGUUCCUCCGUUGACCAGUGACGUCAUCCAGGACCUGCGCAACGGAUCAGCUGUGACUCUGCAUUACCAGCCCGCGCCGAUCGCGCCCAACAAACAGGGCUCGAGGAAGAAUUUCGUCUGAUACUUCGAAAACAGUUUCUUGAUCUCAUAUCACUGCUGUACAUAGACUCAGAUUCAUUGAAAGGGACUAUUUUUACACAAAAGCGUAUUGUAUUGGGUAGACUUAGCGCGAACCCGGAAAGAUUAGCAUAGGUGUUAGUGUCCAUGAAAUACGAGGGGUUAAAAGUCGAUGUCAUUUUCUUAUUAUUGAAACAAGCGACAGAUUUUUUAAAACCUAUGUAACUUGAAAACGUGCAUAGAAAAAAAAACAGACGUUUGAUUUAACAUAUAAUGGAAAUAUGUAUUAUGUGUAUAUGUCAUUGUCAAUUCAUAUUGUAUCUUGAUGUUUUUGACGAAAGAAAACACUGCAAGUGAAAGAAAACGGAACUUGAAAUCGGUCCGAAUAUUAUAUAAGAAUCAGUCGGAUGUUUUUCCAUCAUUAAGGAAAAGUGUAUUUAUGAAAAAGAAAGGGAGAAAGUUAACAAAUUUGGAAAAGUUAGUGCAGAAAAAGUUUACUGGUCAUCUAGUUAAUGUGACAUAAACCUGACGGUGUUCAGUCCAGAAAGUAUAGAAUUCCUAUGACAUGUUUUCCUCUAUCCUAAGCUAUUCCAACCCACUUCACUGAACACCAUAUAAGCAUGAAUGUCGUCGGGUAUGGUGUUCCUCGUUUGUUCAGGCGGCCAUGGACACCUGUUUUCAGACGAUUCGUCAAGGAAUCGAACUUUUAUGGACCGCCUCUGCCCCUAACCAUGCUCGGCUCUUAGCAGAGGAGGGCCCUAGAACUUUUUCUUUUCUAAGGGCCCCUGAAAACUGGCGGGUGAUUAAGGUCCCCCAAAAGUCGGGGUCCUGGAAAAUCUUGUUUCUGUAGCAAAUAGAGGGCCCUGGACUUUUUCCUCUGGAUUAUAAGCUCUAGAUAAAUACUUACAAAGGUUCCCGUUUCUGAAUAGGGGCCCUAGAAAAUGCUUGCUAAUUAGGGCCCCUAAAUGUUUUCUUCUUUCGAAUCAAUGGCCCUAGAGAAUUGCAUGUUAAUUACCUGUAAAUGAGGGACUAGAAAAUUGCACAUUGAUGAGGGGCUCUAGAAAAUAAUUAAAUCAUCGGAGCCUGGAAAUUUACCUGCUUGUGACUAGAAAAUCACCUGCUAAUGAGGGACUAAAGACGCCACCUGCAAAUUAAGUGCUCUAGAAAAGUACCUGUAAAUGAGGGAGCCCUUGGAUUGCCUACUAAGGACAGUCCCUUCAACAUCAGGGCCUCUAGAAAUUCCCAGAAACUUCCAUUUGUGCUUCUCAACCAGAUUUACAUUAUUUACAAUCUCUGUAACUUUCCGAAGACUUCUAUACUAUUUGGAUCUUCCUUUAAGAAGUACAUAUAUUAAUCCAAUGAUAAAAGGUUCAGCGAUAAUUGAUUUAUAUCUAAAUGAAAAGAUGUAUAAAAAUGCAAAUUGAAAUAGAAAAAUAUAGAAUGAUUUAAUAAAUUCAUUCAAG